AUGUCUGCAGCCCCCACUGGUAGCGAGAACCCCCACUCUAAGAACUCGACUAGCAUCGGGAGCAAAGUAAAAGGCGGUGCUAAAGUAGCCCAAGGACUCGGAAAUACUGUCCGCGGGACAACCUUCGCUGCCAUUGACUCUGUCGAGAACCGCGAUUCGAGCACCAACGACGGGAUCGCACGUCGAGGACGUAGGGAAAUCGAAGAAGGCAUUGCAAUGAUCAAGGGACAUUCUGUCAAACCCACGGCAACGGGGCCAGGUAAUUCCCUCCAAGGCUGGGGCACAGGAAUCAACGGAGCGAACUCCGAGGCGACUACGAGCAGCUAUGGUUUUCCUCCGCCCCGGGGAGCGGCGUACGCUCAAAACUCCACCGGCACCACUGCGAACACUGAACCUUCUGACCUCGGACUGGGCUCAAAUGCAUAUAGCGGCCAUCCAACAGGUCAGCCACCGUCUUAUCCGACCCCGGGUGCUCAGUAUGCCGCCGAUAAGGUCAACGGCGGACUAGGGUAUACACAUCCGACACAGCUUGGAAAUCGUCCAAACACCGGAGAUAUGGUCGGAGAGGCAGCAUACGAGCAACGCCAGGAUGCCGAUCAAAUGUAG